AGGUCAGCUGCUGGUUUUGGUGAAAUCACAGGAGAAGGGAGAUUGCUGCUGCCUUUCACCACCACCACACUGAGCCAGCUCAUCCUUCUAGCUAUUUCUGUCUGCGCUUAUCUAUAGCAUCAUCCCCUGGUGCCUGUGUACCUGCCAAGUAUUCAAAACAGGCACUGCUGUGGCAGCCUCCUUCUUUCUCUCCGUCCUGGAGGAUAAAUGACUGGAUUGCUUUUUUUAAUUGUUUCCCUGCAUCAAGAAUUUACAGUGGGAAGGCUGAGCUGGAGAAACACUUUCGGGAGCGGGUGGCCGGGUCGGCAGAUCUCCGCUGGUUCUUAGCCCCUAGGGAGGUCCUGCAGCCUGGCACCGCGCCGGGCUUGCUCGCUGCCCUGUGCCUCGGUGCUUGCUUUGAAAGCGAUGGUUUCCUGGAGUGAGAUGUGGUCUCGGGUAAUAACAGCCAAAGUUUGGAUGCGAGUGAGAAGACCUGGAUCUGACUUGCUUGCAAAGGGACCCAGAACAGAAAGCUGAGUGCUUGGGUUGGCUGGAUUAACUGGCUCUCAUUCAGAGGGAACUUCACAAAUCUAUUUUGCUUUCAUUGAACCUCUCUACUGCACGUCAUAAAGAUUUCCUAGGUCCAGAGGCUGCACAAAAGACAACUGAGCAGCACAAAAAUGUGACUCUGACAAGAGACUCCAAGGUUUCUGACAAGGAAUUUUCUACUGAUCAGUUUAUAAUUUAAAUGUAUAACCGAAGCAUGCAUAAUAGUUAACCUGAUAGGGGGGAAAAAAAAGCGUUCUCAUUAAUUAGGACUGCCAAAAAAGCAGUCACUGGAAGCUUCAAAAUGAGUGCUCCGUUAAUCCCAAACAAGUCAUGUUAUGCCCAGCUUCAGGACAACUGCAGCGAAAUAAAAAACAAUAAUGAAAGCAUAGUGAGUGUGGGGGAUACCAAUGCCAACCAAAUUGUGACAAAAGUUAGAACCACCGAAGGGAAUGUUAAGAAACGUGACUUGACAGAUGCGAGUGGGAAUAUACACCCCGGAGGAUCAGAGAAAGUUACUCAUCUGAAUACAGAGCAGAAUAAACUUCUGACCUUCAGAGACUCUCGAACCUGUCACACCGGUGUACAGGAAAGUAAGCUGCCCUCCACCACAAGCAGGGAAAUGGGGAAAGAUUGUAGGACCAGCGAGGCUAAGGAUAUAUCAAGGCAUAUCAGGAUUAGCCGAGGACAAAGUCUGUCCAAUUUAAAAAGUAGCACAAAUGAUGCCAACCUGGAGGUUAUUUCCAAAAGUGAUGUUGACUUCACCCAGAACUUUUCUAAGGGUAAAAUGUCCAGGACUGUGGAGAUGGAGAGAAUAAAAAGGCUUUCUUUGGGAAGACCAAGUAAAUUCUCUCCUCAAUCUGAAACAUUUGCAAAAGACUGCGUUGGCCCUGUGUCAUGUAAACGUCUGCUUUCUGCAUCAUUGGACUCCAUCGACAGGUCGCACCAUUUGAUAGGAAAUACAGAGAAAUCACAAAAAACAUCCACGGAUCAUUUUCUUGGGAUGGUGUUUCAUCCACUUGACAAUAACUCAGAGGAAAAUAUUGUAUUUUAUUCUAAACCAUCUACCUCAGGGAACAAGAAAAUAAGUAAACCAGAAAAUGUACCAAAUGUUAACACUGAAAGCACACUGCAUACUUCUCAUUCUCAACAUUCAGCUGUUAAGCUCAAUGAGAUUGCUAGUAAAUCAGAAGCACAAUUAGGUCAGGGUGAUAAAAAUAAAAAACUGGAUCUUAAGACUGCACCAUCUCUACAAUCUAAAAAUACAUGUCAACAAAAGAUUGAGAGAAUUAUGCUGGUAGAGCUCCUGGGAUGUCAAAAAGAUGAAAAUACAGCAAUGCAAGAACAGGAAGCCUCUGUAUCUGAUGCAUCAAAAUUUCAAGCCUCCCAUUUGCAAGACACCUGUAAUAAAGUAGAGGAUCCAUUAUCAAGGCAGGUGGUAACCUAUCCUGAUGACAAAUUGGUAAAUCAUAACGUCACCAUCGGUGGGGAAGGGAGAGAAACCAACGACAGUGACAACAAGGCAACUAGCCAGGUUGUUGAGGAAUAUUUUACUCAUAAAGAAGUGGAAACAAUAUUCCCACUCACCUGUGGUAGUAAAUCCAGUGGCAAAGUGACACCUAGAAAAAACGAAAAUUUACAUGAAGUUGACACAGGUUGUGCUGAAAGAGUUGGUGAACAGAUCUCUCUUAUACAUAACAUUAAUCUACCUGACAGCAAACCCGUGAAAGUUAAUGAGAAUAAACUGAUGCUAGUCAAAGGAAGCACUGAGGAUGCAGCUGUGCCUGCUUCUGAUCUCUCAGAUCAACACAGAGCACGCAGUGCAGAGACAGUGUCAAACCAACAACCUGACAGCCACGACAGUGAUGCAGAAACCUCAAGCUUUUCAAUUCCAAGUAAAAAGACAGCUAAUGCACAGAAACAUCCUCCAGACGAAGCACCAGAGAGCUGUAAGGUGUCAGCAAAGGCCGAUGCCCUUUUAUGUGUCCCAUCUCCCGUGCACCCGGUGGCAACGCUGGAUGUUAAUAGUCAGCCCACACUAUCAAACAGUAAUUUGAAGGACCUUUAUGCACUUCAUGUUGACAAACUGUCACCCUCCUCAGUCCUACCUCCCAUUGACAAUACGCAGUUGUUAAACAUAUCCCCUAAAGUGCCUAUCAAGACUGCUUGCAGCAGUGCCAUCCCAAAACCUAUCCUGGUCCACUCCAAGGGCUCCCUCGCAGAUAAGGUGGAUGUGGACAGUGACGGCAGUGAAAAGCUGGAAGAAAGCAUCGAGAUAAAACCUGCCAUACCCAGGCCCAAACCCGUGAGACCUAAAAUCAUCACAUACAUUAGAAGAAACCCUCGUUCAAUAGAGCAGCUCGACCCUUCGUUUGCGCCGGCAGGGCUGCCCUUCGGUACACCUGCGUGUGGCAUGCCCAUCUCUACGGAGCAGAAGGCAUCCACCGGAGGGGAGGCGAAGCCACCCAACAUUCUGUACGACAAAUUUAAACCUGACCUCCAGAAGCCAAGACUCUUCAGUUCUGGACUGGUGGUGUCAGGAAUUAGGCCCCCGGGCCAUCACUUUGGUCCGAUGAGUGAGAAGUUUCUGCAGGAGGUUGGGGAAAGGCCUGCAAAAGAUGAAUUUUGCCCUCCACCAUAUGCUCACUAUGAGGUUCCACCAAGUUUUUAUCGAUCAGCCAUGAUACUCAAGCCACAGUUAGGACUGGGUGCAGUGUCCAGGUUACCAUCUGCAAAAAGCAGGAUUCUCAUCGCAAGUCAAAGAUCCUCAGGUAGCUGUCUCCAUCAGCAAGGAGAAAUAACGAGCGCUCCCAGCCUCUAUCAUCCUGAUGCUUCAGUUGAUCUUAAGAAAGGCUCAUGUCCAAGUCCUGCAAAGUCAAAUCUCCCCAAGCCCUGCCAGUCUGGACUUCGUCCUCCAGGUUAUUCACGGUUGCCAGCAGCUAAGCUGGCCGCAUUUGGUUUUGUCAGGAGCUCAAGCGUAUCUUCUGUCUCCAGCAACCAGUCAAACGACAGUGCUCAGAGUGAUCAAAGCAGGACAACCAACCGUUCCAGCUUUGGAAAUGAAGAGCAAACCACUCCUAAGGCAUCUACACCUUCUAAAGAUGUCCCCAAGGGGAGCAGCAAGAGCACAACACAGGUAUCGAGCAGCACAGUGACUCCACGCAGGAGCUUACUUCCAGCACCAAAAACUGCCACAGCACCUGCUGGUCUGAAGAAAGAAGUACAGAAAGAUCAGGAUGCUAACAGACCAGCUGUCUCAUCCCCUAAGAGAUCAGCGGUAACAGCCACCAAGCUCCAUUCACCAGGACAUCCCAAGCAAAGGCCAACCACCCCAAAGAAUGGAUUCUCUCCCAAACCAGGAGAGAGUCGAGAUGCUGAAAAGCAGUUUGUUCAGAGACUGAAGGAAAAGUGUGAUGAGCAGUCCCGGCAAUUAAGCAAUAUUCGAGAUGAGCUUAAAAGGGCCAGCUGUGGCUUUGAUGUCUUUGCUAUAACAACACAGCACUUUUUCAGGCAGAAUGAAAAUGCCCUUGUGAAAAUAAAGGAGUUAGGAGUCGAGCUUGCAAAGAUCAGGGAUGAAGUUGCCCUCAACACGUCGAGAUGGAAGAAACUACAGAGUGAGAAGGAGGAGCUGGAGAGGCGCUUUGAGGAGGAGGUGAAGCAGCUUCACAGGCAGCAGCAGGAGGAGCUGCAGGUGCUGGAGCAGCGGCUGCAGGAAGAGUACAACACCAAGAAGGAGAGCCUGCAGGAGGAGCACAGGCUGCAGCUGGAGCAAGUCAAAUUGCAGCAUCAGGAUCAGGUGGAAGAUAUCACAGCUGUACACGAAGCUGCAAUGUUACAGUUGGAAAAUAACCACAUAGUCGCCAUUACAGUACUGCAGGAUGAGAAUGACUGCAAGAUUCAAGAACUGAAUGCUGCUCACAAACUGGAAAAGGCACAAUUAGAAGAGAAUUUUGAAAAACUGCGGCUGUCACUCCAGGACCAGAUAGACACCCUCACCUUCCAGAACCAGUCUCUUAAGGCCAAAGCAGACCGAUUUGAAGAGGCUCUGAAGAAAAACACUGAAGAGCAACUGAAGAUUGUACGAGCUCCAUAUCUGCACUUAGAAAAAGAUCUGAAGAGCUUGAAACAUGUUCUGGAGAUGAAGAACCAUCAGAUUCACCAACAGGAGAAGAUGAUUAUGGAGCUAGAAAAACAGGCUGAAAAAAAUUUAAAACUGGAAGAAAAAAUCACCAUGCUGCAACAGCAGAAUGAAGAACUCAGAGCCAGGAUUGAGCAAAAUACUGUCAUAACAAGGCAAUUGUCAGAGGAGAACGCUAAUCUUCAAGAAUACGUUGAGAAAGAAGUGGAGGAGAAGAAGAAGCUGAGCAGGACUAACGAAGAGCUCCUCUGGAAGCUGCAGGAGGGAGAUGCCGUGAGCCCCGUGAAACUCCCACCCACAUCAUCCACUUCUUUUUAUCGCUGCUCAUCAGGGAACUCUUCUCCAGCAAAAGUCAGAACCUUGCGGCGAUGAUUUGGCACCUGCGCGCUGGAGGUCCCCUGCCUUUUAUGCAUUUCCAAUUUGCUAAAUAUUACCAUCCAAGGAAGUAUUACCAUCAACAGGCAUCCAGGGUUCGUGGCUGCAAGCAUGCUCGGUAGCUGCAUAGCUUUACACUAGGCAGGGUACUCAUAUAGUCCCCAUAUAGGAGCUCUCGGUUCUGACAUGUUGAUUAGGGAGAGCAAAAAGCUAGGACAGCAGAAAGUUAGGAUAGCAAGACAUUUAGUUUGAUGUGUUAACAUUUUAACUAUGAUUAGAGCCAAAAGUUGGAAAAUACUAUAUUAAUGGUUCAUCAGAAUGAACCUUUGCUGCAGUAUUUCAGGUUAGUUACAAAUACAGUUCAAGUUGUGAAUAUUUCUGUAUAUGUGUCUGUGUUUAUAUACAUGUACGUAUUGUACCUUUAUACCUAUAUAUAGACGCACACACAUAUAUAUGUAGUUGAAGAUGUUCUGAAUUGCAUUUUUUAUAUUAUUGGAUACUACUAAGUGCUGAUAUAUUUUCAUUACAGUCAGCAGUUUUCUAACUCGUGCCUAAGACUUGUAUCUAAACGAAAUGCAUUUCUGUUUAGCCUCCCAGGAAUAUUUAUACCCAACCUAGAAGAAAGUUACACAGAAGUAGAAGCGCCUUCCAAAUGACCACCAAGUGGUACUCUAUGUAACAUGAACACCAGCGACUUUGAAAUUCUGAGACAGUACUGCCUUCGAAACCAUCACCUUUGCAUUGAACACCGGAUAAGAUAUGCAUACCAUUCACUGCUUUUUAACUCUUAGCAUUGAUAUUGUAAGUGGAGAUAGGCUAGAGAUGAGAAACCUGAGGGUUUUAGCAAAUUUGAUAGAGAUUACUUAUUAACAUGUUUCAAUUUUAGUGUCUUUAAAUCCAGGUUAGAUCCUAUCUUGUUUUACCUUGUCCUGGUUUGGACACAAUCAAAAUCUCUGGUUGUAAGUUCCUGUCCAUUUUGAUUUCUUUCAAGUCCCGUAAGCAAGAAGGAGAAAAUAAGUUGUUCAUCCUUGACCUUUCCUGGCCAAGAGGUUUCCAGUAUUCGGGUGAGAUACAGGGCCCUGCUAGGGCUCUACCCUACUCCCAUUGGAAACACCAAAUAGAGCACAGCGAACUACAUGGGUGCAAAUCGGGUCAGAAUUUCUUUUCUUCCACAUAUGUAUAUUAUUUCACAUGGCUAAAGCUUACCCAAAGUUACAGAGCACUUUUGAGCGUCAUGGAAAAGAGUGGCUAAACUACCUUUAUCUUCCCUGCCUAGAAGCAAAAACAUUCACCCCGGCUUGGGGUGACCCCCCACCCGAGGGGUGGUGAGGCCGAGGAGCGCCUGGGGUGGGACAGGCUGCAGGGCCCUCGUGGGCACUGCUAGCAAGAAAAAAAUAUCCCUGGGCAUAAUUAAAAAAAAAAAAAAAGAGAUCUGUGGGAUGCUUUUCUAUCCAGCUUGGGGCAAAGAGCAUGCGUGCAUUCCUGCUCUGAGCACUGGGGUCAAAGUAAGCAGGAGAUGGUACAUGCAGCAAAUCCCUGGGAUGCGGGAGCGCUGCGGGGAGGGCUGCUUUCCCACCCGGGUGUGCGGUGGCACCGGCACGCCCUGCGUGAGCAGAGGUGAGAUUGCACACCCCUGUCAUACUGCUCAGAUGGGAACUGUGCUUCGGCUUUCCUGGGAAGUACUCAGGAUUCAUAGACUGCAGCUUAGAUACAGUUUCAAUCACCGUCAAAGUAUCUGUGGCCUGUUCCACAGCGUUAAAAAAAAAAGGUGAUUUUUUUUCUCCUUUUUAGAGAAAUUUAUUUUUGUAGCAGCUUUUGCAUGAUACUGUGAUACUGAGUAAAUUGAGCAUCUUGUUAGAAUAGAUUAUGCCACACCAACUACACUGUUGAAAUGCAUUACUAGAUUUUAGUGUGUCCAGCAAGUACAACCUGAAAGUAGAAUAGAUACCUAACACAUACAUGCACACAAAGGCCCUCCUUGCCAAGUACAAUUUUAAUCACUUUCAUACUUGCUAAAGGCACAGAUAGCUGCAAUACCUACUGCAUUGUCACGUUUCAGUCUGCCCAUACAAUUCUGAUACAAUGAGAUCAUAGGAUCACAGCAUGGUUUGGGUUGGAAGGGACCUCCAAAAAUCAUCUAGUCCAAGCCCCCUGUCAUGGGCAGGGACAUCUUUCAAUAGACCAGGUUGCCCAAAGCCCCAUCCAACCUGGCCUUGAACACUUCCAGGGAUGGGGCAUCCACAGCUUCUCUGGGCAACCUGUUCCAGUGCCUCACCACCCUCAUCGUAAAGAAUUUCUUCUUUAUGUCCAAUCUAAACCUACCCUCUUUAAGUUGAAAACUGCUACCCUUCGUCCUGUCCUUGGUAAAGUCUGUCCUCAUCUUUCUUAUAAGCCUCCUUUAAGUGUUGAAAGGCCACAAUAAGAUCUCUCUGGAGCCUUCUCUUCUCCAGGCUGAACAACCCCAACUCUCUCAGCCUGUCCUCAUAGCAGAGGUGCUCCAGCCCUCUGAUCAUCUUUGUGGCCCUCCUCUAGACUCACUCCAACAGCUCAAUGUCCUUCUUAUGUUGGAGGCUCCAGAGCUGGAUGCAGCACUCCAGGUGGGGUCUCACCAGAGCAGAGUCGAGGGGCAGGAUCACCUCCCUCGACCUGCUGGUCACGCUUCUUUUGAUGCAGCCCAGGACACGGUUGGCUUUCUGGGCUGCAAGCACACACUGCCGGCUCAUGUUGAGCUUCUCAUCAACCAACACCCGCAAGUCCUUCUCCUCAGGGCUGUUUUCAAUCCAUUCAUCCUCCAGCCUGUAUUGAUACCAGGGAGUUGCCCUGACCCGUGUGCAGGACCUUGCACUUGGCCUUGAUGAACAUAUUGCGGUUUGCAUGGGCCCACUCCUCAAGCCUGUCAAGGUCCUUCUGGAUGACAUCCCUUCCCUCCAGCAUAUCAACUGCACCACUCAGCUUUGUGCCAUCUGUAAACUUGCUGAAGGUGCACUCAAUCCCACUGUCUUAUGUCAUUAAUAAAGAUAUUGAACAGACUGGUCCCAGUACGGACCCCUGAGGGACACCACUACUUGUUACUGAUCUCCAUUUGGACAUCGAGCCCUUGACUGCAACUCUUCAGAUGCAGCCAUCCAGCGAAUUCCUUAUCCAUCUAACAGUCCAUCCAUCAAACCCAUCUCUCUCCAAUUUGGUGACAAGGAUGUUGUGUGGCACUGCAUCAAAGGCCUUACAGAAGUCCAGGUAGAUGACAUCAGUUGCUCGUCCCUUAUCCACCAACACACUCACUCCACCAGAUUAGUCAGAGUUGUCAGUAGUUUCUAGGGUCCUCCCUUCUACCCUUUUUAAAAAUGGGUGAGAUGAUACAAUCAGAGUUGUUACCACGAUGCUAAUCUAAACUUUUCCAUGCUAAACACACUAGAGCAUAUUAUUGGCCUGGGAUGGGCUGGCUGAGCCUGUCCUUUUUUAAUUUAUUCAUUCUUUCCCUCUAUUUCUGGUGCUUUCCUUAUCAUUUUGUGGGUUUAUAUUCAUAUGCAAGAGAUGCUUCCAGCAGUGAAUUGGGAGUGGGGCUUUUACGGUGGGAAAACUGGGACUGAUGCCAGCUCCACCAUCAUUUGGUAUCAUUGCCAAUCCCUUUCCCAUCUAAUUUUUGCCUCCCAAUCCUGCCUCACUGGAUUCUUCCUUGGCAUGGCCUCUGGGGCUUGCCUGAUCGCUAGCAAACCUGCAGGAAGUUUUGCCUGACUAGAAGGGACCCAGCAACCCAUCCCUGCGGGGGUGUGAAGGGUGGUUCCUUCUGGUGCAAGCCCAGAAACACAGACUUUUUUCCCCAGAAAAAGGUCAUUCCUUUUUCCUGUUCUUCCUCUGUCCUGUCCCUCCUUGCCUCUGUGUGCCAGAGUAGGUGUGAGGGGAGAUGGAGACACCUCAGCACGUGGCUAAGCUGGUGACCCCAGCUCUCACCAGGGAGCUUGGCAUUCCCAGUGGUGUGGGGGCCACAUCACUAGUCCUUGCUCCCUGGCCACCCCUUCUCAAAGAUAAGCAAGGGGAAGCCUUUGCUUUUGGGGAGCUGGAGACUUCCCAAACACCAUGGCUGCCACAGGGGCUUUCCUGUUUUGCAGGGUAGGGUGGCCUUUGGCAGGAGAGGGAACGCAGCCAGCACUGAGCUGGGUUUUAUUGCCCUUAGAUCUUUAAAAAGGAGAUGUUCAAUUUGGUUAAUCUUUAUUCAAUGCAGAAGGUUGCAGCAGCAAUAAAACCAGCCUACAGUUGCUCUGAAGGAGCUCCAGAGACCGGCACUGGGAGUGGGCAACAGCCGUGGGAUGGCAGGAGAGCCGGCAGCAAGCGAGGGGCACGGAGGGCUGGAAAAGUUGCAGGAAGGCUCUGGUUUUCUGCAGGAAAGCACCGUCAGGCCCCGCUGGGAUGGCAUCUCCUGCACAGAGGGGUUAUCUUGGCAGCGGAAAAGACUUGUGGUGGUGGUGGGUGGGGGGAAGGAAAGGAAAAACUAUCAAGUGCAAAAUCAGGUAUUUUACGUCUCUGCACUGAUGGUGGUUGUGUCCCAUGGACACGCUGAGGAGCCUCUGUACAGUUUCCCAUGCAGCAGGAGUUCUGUGGUCUCGUUUACUAUGUGGCUAAUGAUUACAGAAGAGUUUGUAUUAUUUCAGUUAUGAUGUACAGAUAAGUGUAAUAUAUUCCUGAUAAUAAAUCCAUGCGCCAGCGCACAUACGGGCCGACGCA